CAUUGGUAUUUAUUCUCAGACCCGCCCACAAUUCAGAAUGUCACCACGUCAUCUAAGAAGUCUUGGAUUGGCCAGACAGUGACUUUGAAGUGUCUUUCUGAUGGUGUUCCUACACCAACACUCUCUUGGUACAAACCUGAAGGAAGUGAAAUAAACAGAGUCACAGCCAGAGAAAACAAAGUACAGGUGCCACUCAGGGGUGAUCAAGAUUUUGGUCAUUACAAGUGCAUUGCUGCCAAUGGACUUACUCCACCUGAUGAGGAGUUAAUAAAGAUAAAUCCGAUAAGUAAGUAAAAAAGAUCAGUGUAUUUUGAUAAGAAGAAAAGCAUAUAGAAGGUCAGCAUUUUCUUUGCUUUUGCCCAUUAUCACUUUUUCAGGUGUAUUAGAAGUAAAACCCAAAUUUUCUUACAAAGUACUCGACAGAGUAGCUCAUUCACUUUGUACAUUUGAUAGUUUAACAUAUAAUAUAUGCGGAUAUUUUGCAAGGCCUAUAGUUGUGUGGAAAAAUGUAAGCUUAUGUUACACCAUCGAGUAAGGGAUUUAUCAUUCUACUAUUCUUUCAUUUGCUAACAAUUUGGCCGCUUAGUUUUCGACAUACAUCCUGCGGCCUUAUCUGAGCGUUCCAAUGACGUUUCCCGUCUUUAGCAGCAUUAGACCUUCACAUAUAUUUCACGUUCGUUACGCCAAUGAGGUAUAACAGCGUAAUAGUGGAAUUGUGCCGGAUAUAGUAAGCCUGAUCUUUUAGUGGAAAAUGCACCCAUAUUUGUAAAAACGAUUAACAGUAAAUUGACGACACCCUGCCUACUGGUAGCAUUAAACACGUUAAAAAAGAGCGUUGAAAUUCAGGAAGAUUGGCGACAUCUUCCAAUGCGAGUAACCAUAGGAAACUUCCUCAACCAUGGAAACUUAAUUUUUCCUCGUUUUCUUAAGCUCUUGGCUGAAUUUAUCCAGUAGCUACAUGUUAUUCAUUAAACUUUAUUAAUACAAGGACUUGCAUUCAUCCUAAGUAUUGUAACAAAACUCACUGUGGAGUAAUCACUGAAAAAAAAAUUCUCCUUCGGUUUUUUUUUUUCCUUUUGCUCAAAAUGAUCCCUUUUUUAUGGCACUAUAUAGAGAAACCAGGGAAAGCAUCCAUCAAAUCGUCAGAAUCAGUCAUUCAAGCAACUUUUAUAACAAUACGAUGGACUGCACCAGCUGAUGAUGGAGGAAGUCCGAUUACAGGAUACCAACUGAUCUUACAAAAGGGUGAAACUGAGUUAGAAAAGGAUGCUAUCACCAAUCCUGGGACGACAUCUUAUUCGUUUCGUGGUUUGGAGAAAAAUACCAACUACACAAUGAAACUGUUUUCCAGAAAUGUCGUAUUCGAGGGAGAUCCUACUGUAAGGACGAUUAAGACCAAGCUUGAAGGUGAGAAUCAGAGGUGAUAUCGUGAUUGAGCACUUAGCACCAACCGUUUUGUUACCAACUUAGAUUUGUUGUGAGUGGUCCCAGUUUUACCAUCUUAUCUGCUCGCCGUAUUAUAAGAUUUUUGAUUUUAAGUCCCCCCCAUAAUGGCUAUUUUCCUCUCCCUCUCUAAUAGUUAUUUGAAAGGUACCUACUUAUGAAGAAGCGUAUCACUAAACCACAGGUAAACGUAGGUGAGAACAAGAGUCAACCCAUGCGGUUACGUUCCGUAAAUGCUACCUGUUUUAUCAAGAAUUGUUUGCCUUGUGGUGUUUUUUUUAUGUUCACGUCUCAAAAUCUUUUGAUAUAAACUAAUAACAACAAAAAACGCUAGAUACUGAUCUUUACGUUAGUUGGAUACAGUUUUCCUAAACGCUUACCGGCUAUAUUCAGAACACCCAACAACCAACUAUCCAUUUUGCAGUAUUGGAGUGGAUCCAGAAUUUCGAAAAGGGGGCUUCGAACAAAUGGGUCGCCGAAGGCGGACCCAUCUGGGGGGGGGGGGGGGUCCGUAGGGGGCAUGCCCCCCCGGGAAGUUUUGAAAUUUAAGUCCUCGGAAAUGCGAUUUUCAGCGUUUUGAGGGAUGAUGGUGGACGGUUUUUAAAAUACCUUAACCAUCUCUUAUGAAAGCUAUUUUAUUAAACAAGGACUACGUUUUAGUCUUGACAGUAAUCGAGAUCAACUGACCCCUAGAAAAUGAAACUAAAAUCUCAGUAAUUUUUUUUUUCUUCGCUAUUUAAUGUGUUCUAAAAGGUCACGCUUAAGAUUCCUCAAAAAUGGGAUCAACGAGUAACAUUCUACGAGGUUGUUGUUCGGCAAAUUUCUGAACUAUAGCAUCGUAAUCGAAAGGCUUUUCAUAGUGAAUACUCAUGAAAGCCAGGCUAGAAAGUCUCUCGGUUGUCAUCGUGGUUCGAAGGUAGCCCUUGACUAGUUUCAAAGUGCUGUUUGAGCGCUCGUUAUCAGCUGAUGUUACUGGAAUUGUACAUCCUAUUCGCAACAACAGAUGUGGAUGUUCGGAAAGAUGUUGGGAUCACAAGCCUGUAGAUCGACAAAAAGUGUAAUCAAUAAAGCUGUCAUUUGUUAACCUAAGCGAAAUUUGAACAAAAACAAACUGAGUUACUUCGCGCUUCAACGAUGCACGACGCAAGACGUGCUUCAACAUGUAAGGCAGGUUGAAGCGCGUCUGGUUUGUCCGUCUCGGAUUGCUAUCUUCUCAUCCAACGAUCAUAUUCAAUGUCGAGAGUCUGUGGGCUUGGGAUAUCUGACAUAUACAUCUCGGAGACUUCAACUAGGUCUACAUUUGUGCACGCUACAGUGGUGCUUGGCAUAAGACGAAGCAAUUGCAUAGCAGUCUUCUGAGUGGACCCAAAUCUGAAAAAAAAAUUCCUAUACCUUAUUUCUCUAAAUAUUUAUGAUUAAGUAAACAGCCGAAAGGUUGAUAAUUUAUAUAGAUUACCUUAAAGACAUUUCUUGUGUGAUAUGGUCAAGGAAUGGAAUGUACAGAUUGCGACGGUAAUAUUCCUCAGCUGUGUCAUGGGGUGCAUUUGCCCUAUGUUGUUGUCUUGACGCCGUUCUAGGAGCACUUGGUUCUGUUCCCAGCUCUGAACUGAUCUCCACAGCAUAUGCGUACCAUCUUUUGAAGACAACAUCAUUCUUGUCUCGCAAUUGUUUCAACUUCUUCUCUGUCUCCGAAAUCAUAUUGUAGGCUUUAACAAUGUCAUUAGACUUUUUUGUAUCUGUACGUCAGUCGGCUUUAUGAAUGCCAGAAUUUUCAUCGUGACCGUCAAGGACAUGAGGAACUGGAAAAAACACCAGGUAUGGUAGCAGCCGUUUGCUCUUUGGAGGGUUUCUAUCACAGUUCCAAGACGUAUCAGAGCUGUAUUGUUUAUGUUGCUGUUCAUCUAAAAUAACCUCAAACGUUUUAACUACUGAUGGAAGAAACUGAACAAAAGUUUCAUGCGCCUCGUGAUGCUCCACCCAACGAGUAUGGCAAGGGUCGCUAAUCUUGGUUCCUUGAGACUCUGGCUGAUCUAGGCUUAUCACUUUUUUCAAGCACCUCAGCCGCUUAGGGGAGUAAUUAAAAAAGUUUGCACAUUCUGUAAUUGUGCCAGCCAUUUUGGGAACUAAUGGCAAGCUACAUGCCUUUACGAUGACGAGAUUAAGAAAUGCGAAUUGCAGUGUACGCACAAGGCUUUGAGGUUUUCCUGGAAAUUAAGCCUUGUAUACCUCUAGCUUGGGAGGACAUGUUUGUGGCACUGUCGUAAUCUUGACCUCGGUAGUGGAAAAUAUCCAGGUCUCACUGCUCGAGUUUUCCUAGGAUCAAUUGCGAGAUCACCUCUCCAGUUAUUCUUUCCGUAGACUGGAAGUCUAAAAACUCUUCGCGAAUUUUAGAGUCUAUUAACGAACCUAAAGACAAAUGAAAGCUGCUCAAGUUUGGUGUUGUCAGUCACUUCGUCGCACAGAAUUGAAAGUACCUGUUAUCGCUUUUGCGCUUCUUGUCAUUGCCUCCUCAGUUGGCAAACCCCCUGGAGAGAAAAGUUUGUUUUAUCGGCGGAAAAACCGAUAAGAAGAAGAAACUCGUAUGGCUCGAGAAGCGGAGCAUGCGCACUCAUUUUUCCACCGUGUCAUGGCCGAGUGCUUUGACCAAGUCAUGCGCGAUGUCAAACUUUCUGUUUUUCAAACUUUUCUAUUACGUAACACAAAUGAAUGCAUCGGUACUUCAAUUGAUCAUAUGAAAGUAGCUAAACAAAUCACUAUUUGUUUUAAGUUACAACCGACCAUCAUUUUAGGCUUCUCAUUAUCACUUUUUGUCUAUUCAAAUUAUUUUAAAUUACUUAAAUUAAUUUUGCUUGCAAUACACGUUCGUUUAAAAAAUAUCCCAAAAAAUCCUCGACCAAUUUACAGAUUAUCUAAUCACUGAUAAUGGUUGUGACCAGGUUAUUAUCAAGAAGUUGUAUAAUUAUUAGAAAUUUCACGCUGUCCAUGUUGUUGGCAUCAAUCUAGGAGCCCCAGAUGUGGUCGAAAUAGACCAACUGCCAGAUGAAACAACAGACGAUACAAUUACCCUAAAGUGGAAGGAGCCAGAAAGUAAUGGAAAAGUUAUCACCAUGUAUACAGUGUACCAAAGAGUAGUAACUGACGGGAAAGUGGGACAAUGGACAGAAAUAAGGAAAAUCAGAGGUGUUUCUACGAGAGAAUUGAAAAUAGCGUUGGAGAAAGGAAAGGUGUAUCAGUUUGCCAUAACUGCAACUAAUGAGCUUGGUGAAAGCCUAAAACAGGAGAAAGCAAAUAUCCAGCAAGUCAAGGCAGAAGGUAGUAUCUUCAAAUGA